UUGAAUUUAAACAGCUCAACGGUCAACAUUUAGACUUUUUACAAAUCUAACUUCUGGCCUGAGAGCGAGCUUUUUAAUCUGUUUGGAUUUCGGAAAUGGUGGUGGAUCAGAAGGCAAAAGAAGACACUGAACGGGUAAAAGCAGAGGUGAAGGAAGACAUGAAAGAUAAUGAAGACCGGGUCACACUUUCCCGGUUGUUUCAAACUCGGCAAAGCCCCACUCCAAGUCCAAAUCCCACCUCCACGGUUAGCCGCAGUAAGCCGAAGGAGACUAUUACGAAGUUGUUUCGGAGAAGAUGGCAUUCCGCUCCCCCACGAAUACGUAAGAAGCAGAAAGUGGUUGUCCAUCAUGCACAGACUUGCAAAAGCUAUAAGCAAAAGAGGUCUAUCAUUGAUCGAUUAUUUGCUUCUGGGAAAGCUAAUCCAACAUCUGCCAUGGAACGAGCGAGAGAAGUUCGGAUGAAUUUAGAGCCAGAGUUCCCUAGCUUUGUGAAAGUUAUGCUUCGCUCACAUGUUACUAAUGGGUUUUGGCUGGGGCUUCCUGCGAAAUUCUGCCUUUCCAACUUACCAAAACAAGAUACUACCAUAGCUUUGGUGGAUGAAAAUGGGCAAGAAACUCCAGCAAAAUACCUUGCCCAAAGGGUGGGCUUGAGUGGUGGAUGGAGAGGCUUCUCCAUUGCCCACAAAUUAGUCGAGGGAGACGUGUUGAUAUUUCAAUUAGUCACUGUUACUAAAUUCAAGGUGUACAUAAUAAGGGAAAAUGAUUUGACUGAAGUUGAUGGAGCCCUUGGCCUUCUAAAUUUGGACGGUCGUGCAAGGAAAAUGGAUUCUGCAGAAGACGAGGAUCCCCCGCCAUUUUUACCUGUUCAUGCAGAGAAACGUCAAAAGACUAACCACCCAAUAUCCAUAUCUCAUCUUGGGAUGCCAAGUGGAGAGAAGUCUGAAAAUGACGGUCAAGAAGUUGGCCCAGAGGUUUUGGAAACAGGAAUCAGAUUUUCAGGGGCCAAUGUUGAAUUCAAAGAUGUCAACAAUUUUGAGGAUUUCAACAUUGUGGUGAAUGAUUUAAUUAUAAACUCGGAGCUCCCUGAACACGUAAGGAAAAAUUACUAUCAGCUCUGCUGUAGCCAGAAAGCUUUCCUCCAUGACAAUCUGCUUGAGGGCAUCAAUUGUUUGCUAAGCAGUGGAGUCAUUUCUGAGACUGUCAACAUAGCUGACGCCAUAAGAGCUUGCAAGCUGACCACGGCAUCCAAGGACGACUUAAUGAAAUGGGACAAGAGCUUACAGGCCUUUGAAUAUCUUGGAAUGAAUGUAGGCUUUCUACGUUCUCGGCUGAAUUGCCUUGUUGAUCUUGCCUUCGGAUCAGAGGAGGCUGUGGCUUUAAGGAGGUACAAGGAAGGAAUGGUUGCACAAUCUCAGUUGGAAGAAAACAUAAGAAAUCUGGAAGUGAAGCUGGUACAACUUAAAGAGACACAUAAGAGAUAUGAGGACGAGAUUAAGAGUCUGAAGGUGCAGACUGAGAUGCUUGAGAUAAAGUUUCAGGAGAAGGUUAAUAGUCCUUGGUGAUAGUCCUUUUUGUUGGGCGAUCUCAGCCUUUGUGUGAGCAUGAAGGAUCUUAUGCCAACAGUUUCUUUCUACCCAUUUUGAUGGACAAAAGGAAGGAUAUGAUGAUGACUUUUUGAGGCAUUUUAUCCCUACUAGGUGCAUAGUACAUGUAUAUAUAUAUAUUCCCAGAAUUAUGUAUGCAUGUUUUAAGGACUCAACGUACCUAUCUUACGGUGUUUUUUGUAUAGAGAACACUGUAUAUUUUAAAUUCUGAUCUGAUCUAUAUAGGGUUAAUGGUCAUAAAAGCUGCUUUUUUUAUUAGGGUAAAUUACAAAGGUGCCCCUAUUGUGGGUCCAUUUGCCCGUUAAGUAGAUGAU